AUGACGUUGGACUCGGAUGAUGAAUUGGCAUACUCUGAUGAAGAUGCAGAAGAACAGGAAGAAGAGGCAAAAGAUGAAGAUGACGAUGAGACUGAAGGGCAAUCCAACAAAAGAAAGCAAAAAGCAUCUUUAGCACAUCGUGAAAAAGUCGUUGGAAAUGAUGCUAAACGUGCUCGAACAAAAGAUGGAGGAUCAAAUCCUGAAGCCGGAGCGCCUGCAUUGAACAAAUCUUUCAUCUUUGACUUGGGAGAUGGAUAUGAUAUGGACAUAAAUGGUGGCUGGGAUAUGUCGGUAAAAGGAGCAAAAGGUCAGAAUGGUGGUGUGACAGUAGACGAUAUCAUUGAACGAAGAAGAAAUGCCCGUCCAGAGUUGGCAAAGCUACAAUUAUCUACGAGUGACAGCGAAAACAGUGAGGGAGAAGAGGAUUUAGACUUUACAGGAUUUGAUGACGAAGAAAAUGAGAGCGAGGCUGAUAGCUUGGAAUUUGGAGCGGGAGUACAGGCAAAAGAGAGUGACGAAGAAGAUGAUAGCAAUUCAGAGAAUGAUCCUUUGGACGAUGAUGACGAGGAAGAAUCCGGAGAAUCAGGAAGCCAACAAGGUUCAGAUAAUGCACAAAGUGAUGAAGAAGGCGAAGACUCAGAAGAAGAGACUGAAGUGGAAAAGGCGAAAAAGGCAGCGUUCUUUGCCGCUGAAGCUGAUACAAAACAAGACAAAUCAAGCAGCGCGGAAGAUUCGACAUUCCAAUCAUUAAGCCUCACUCGUCCAAUCAUGAGAGCUCUUUCCACACUGAACUUCCAUAAGCCUACACCAAUUCAAGCAAAGAGUAUACCCAUCGCAUUGGCAGGUAAGGAUAUCGUGGCAGGUGCUGUUACCGGUAGUGGUAAAACAGCAGCAUUCUUGAUUCCUAUUCUCGAACGUUUAGCCCAUCGACCAAAAGGGAGAGAUGAUGCAAAGACUCGAGUGCUUAUUCUGAUGCCCACGCGUGAAUUGGCCGUUCAAUGUGUUAGUGUAGGAAGAGCUUUGGCAAAGUUUAUGGAUAUCACAUUCUGUCUUUGCGUUGGUGGUCUUUCGGUCAAGGUACAAGAAAAUCAAUUACGCGAGAGGCCAGAUAUCGUUGUUGCCACACCGGGUAGAUUGAUCGAUCACGUCCGCAAUAGUGCUUCAUUCGGGAUUGAUGAUGUGGAAAUCUUGGUGAUGGAUGAAGCAGAUCGAAUGCUAGAAGAUGGUUUCCAGGCUGAAUUGGAUGAAAUCAUCAAAGCAACACCAAAAUCACGUCAGACUAUGCUUUUCUCUGCCACCAUGACUGAUGAUGUGGACGAGUUGGUACGCUUGAGUAUGAAGAGACCUGUCAGACUAUUUGUUGAUCCUCGUCGAACGACAGCACAAAAGCUCAUUCAAGAGUUCGUUCGAGUUCGUGGAGCGACUGGGUCUUCCGCAAAUGCACGAUCACAAGAGGAGACUCGAGCGGCUCUUCUGCUAAGCUUGUGCAUGCGAACAUUCAAGAAUCAAGUCAUCAUCUUUGUUCGAUCAAAGAAACUUGCACAUCAACUUCGAAUCAUUUUUGGUCUUGUUGGACUCUCGGCAGGAGAAUUGCAUGGUGAUCUAUCGCAAGAACAACGUUUGCAAUCACUACAAGGAUUCCGUGAUGGAAAAGUGGAUUUCCUCUUGGCUACCGAUCUUGCCAGUCGUGGUUUGGAUAUAAAAGGUGUUCAAGUUGUCAUUAAUUAUGAUAUGCCCGCUCAAUUGGAGAUGUACUUGCAUCGUGUCGGUCGUACUGCUCGUGCAGGAAGAAAUGGUCGUAGUGUUACUUUGGUGGGAGAAGCGGACAGAAAGAUGCUAAAGAUGGUUUUGAAAAAAUCACCUGCGGAUCAAAUUCGACACAGACUUGUACCAAGCGAAUCGGUCAUUGAAGUUGCGGCUACAUUGAACAAACUCAAUAAAGAAGUAGAAGCGGUCUUACAUGAAGAAAAGGAAGAGAAGAUGAUGAAGAAUGCCGAAAUGCAAGUACAAAAAGGUGAAAACCUCGUCAAACAUCAUGAUGAGAUUAUGUCUAGACCAAAACGGACAUGGUUCCAAGGACAACAAGAAAAGGCAAACAAUAAAAAUUUGGCAAAGCUUGAAUAUGAAGCAAAGAUGGAAGGUAAACAUGCUGCUGCGAAGACGGCAGAAAAGCCUAAGCGGGAUAAGUAUGCCGGCCUUUCACGCAAACAAAGACGCUCUAGACAAGCAAGAGAAGAAGAUGAAGCAGAGUCAAAAGAGGCAAGAGGAGCAAUCAAUGCAGGCAUUCGAGCUGCCAAAAAGUCCGCACGACCUAAACAAUUGGGUAUCGCAGAAGCUCCAAAGCAUAAACAGAAUCAAAGUUCUAAGAAGAGCAAAAAGGUACGUAGUUCCUCACAAUCAACUUCGUUUGGUGAUCUAAAGAAGAAACCUCACCAAAAAGGUCGUCCAACGACAAAAUCAAAACGUCGCUAA